UAUCAAAUCUCAUUCCAACCUCAGCUGAAGUUCGAAUUUGGUGCAACUUGUUUAAGAGAGAAUAUGGUUGCCACUUGAUCUAGGCCUCCGCUGCGCGCCGUUUUGAAUUUCUGGAAGAGGAUAAAACAAACCCCCGAAAUCCGAUAUUACCCGAACCCAAAACCAGAGCCCGGCCCAGCCCAGGUCCCCAGCCAGAAACGGCGCCCCCUCCCCAUCCCCAAGACCCCAACUCACUCUCCAAUCUCCAUCUCCCCGCUCGGCUCUCACCUCCCUACCUCACUCACCGGACACCGCCGAACAUAACGGCAGCCAACGGAGGUCAGUCCCCGCGCCUCGCCGUCACCGUAGGCUCCUCUGCUGGUGCCUCCUCCGUGACUGUGCUCUGCUCGUUGAGUUUACUGGUGGAGUGAGAGGUUACUGCUGGUUAUUGCGUAAACCCAAAACCCGCCACACUUCAUCUCUAUCUCUUCUCUGUUAGCGUUCGUCAGCUGCAUCUCUCUGCCGCUGCUUCUUCUCUUGCCACCGCUCUGCUGUUCUUCGCUGCCAGAAUGAUGUUAGGUGGAUUUCAUGUUGCUCAGUUUGGAAAUGAAAGCUUAACUUAGAUUGGUGCCGAUGAGUUUUUGCAAAUCAAGGAAAACGGCUCACAUAUGAAUUGAAUUCAUUUCCAUGUGCCGAUGAGUUUUGAAUGGAUGGCAAUUUCUUAGUAUACUUCUCCGGCGAAGAAAUGAAAUACGGAAGAAUUGCAUAAACGAAAUGAAAAAAGCGUGGUUGUUUGGACCACAAGGAGUAGUGUGUUAAAUCCUGGGCCAACAUGGCUACCCAGACAAUGUCUGAAACUGCCCAGAAAAUCGUCACUCCUGAAACCCUCCGCUAUGCGGCCAAACAAUCUGAACGUUGCCUUGUUGUCCCUCUUCGUCUUCGCCGUGCCAUUAAGAAAUACCUUCGAGAGCAGGAGGAUCCACAUAUGAAGAGGAAAGUGUUGAGAUUAUCUCAAUCUUUCAAUACUAUCAAGAAUGUCAACCUGCAGCUGACCACCACUACAUCAAAGGAGAUAGUUGAAGACCCUUUAAAGUCUUUCGAACAAUCAAAGCGUUGGAAGAUCAAGAGUUCUUAUGGCGACAUCGGUCUGUCAUACAGGGAUGAUGAGACGGUUGCAUACGUCGCUUCUCGCAUGCCUGCUGUUUAUUCAGCUUGUUACAGAGUACUUAAGGAGGUUCGUAGAAGGCUUCCUGGUUUCUCCCCAGCCAAGGUAUUAGAUUUUGGUGCUGGGACAGGUUCAGCUUUCUGGGCACUGCAAGAAGUCUGGCCAAAAUCUAUGCAAAAAGUUAAUCUAAUAGAACCAUCGCAGUCAAUGCAGCGUGCAGGUCGAAGUCUUAUACAAGGUCUCAAGAAUUUGCCACUUAUUCAUAGUUAUGAUAGCAUUCAAGCACUUUCCAAAAGUAUUGGGAAAUCAGAGAGAGGGCAUGACCUUGUGAUUGCUUCCUAUGUGCUUGGAGAGAUCCCAUCACUACAAGAUCGAAUUACCAUAGUUCGCCAGCUUUGGGAUCUAACACAGGAUGUUCUGGUUUUGGUUGAACCUGGAACACCUCAUGGAUCCAAUAUUAUUGCUCAAAUGAGAUCUCACAUAUUAUGGAUGGAAGAAAGAAGACACCGUAAAUCGAGUCUUAAAAAUGAAGAAGCUUGUAAAGAUUUGAUGACUCAGAAAGCUGGGGCUUUUGUGGUUGCUCCUUGUCCUCAUGAUGGGACUUGUCCGCUGGUAAAAUCUGGAAAAUAUUGUCAUUUUGUUCAGCGGAUGGAAAGGACGUCCUCACAGCGUGCUUACAAGCGUUCAAAGGGUGAGCCUUUACGCGGCUUUGAAGAUGAAAAAUUUUCCUUUGUUGCUUUCAGACGAGGACAAAGACCAAGGGAACCUUGGCCCCUCGAUGAUAUAAAACUCGAGACUCUCAAGGAGCAGCAUGAUAAAAGAAAUCCAGAGGACCUUGAGAUUGAUUAUGAGGAUUGGUUGAAAAUGCAAGAAGCUGAUGAUACCCCUCAUGAAGUAGUGAAUGCGAUAACUUGUGAUUCUGAUGCUGCGGAAACUGACAAGGAUGAUGGUGAUGAAGACGAAGAGUACAAGGAAGCAGAGGAAGAAACAGAUAGUGCUGAUCUUGGAGGCGGUUGGGGCAGAAUUAUAUUUAUGCCUGUGAGGAGGGGAAGACAAGUGACAAUGAAUGUGUGUAGAUCCACCAACAGGAAUGCCUCAGAGGGUUCUUAUGAUCGCAUUGUUGUUACAAAGAGCAAGAAUCCUACAUUACAUCAUCAGGCCAAAAGAUCUAUUUGGGGUGACCUAUGGCCAUUUUGAAGCAAGCAUUAUGUGUGCUGUGUUCAAUUCUCUUUGGUUCAUUUCUUGGAGUUUUGGCCUUUCAAUUGGAAUAUAGAUUAAAUUAUAGCAUUUUACAAAGCAAAAGAUUCAAAUCAACCUUCUUCCUUGUAAUAAACCAGUUAAUGCAUGUUAACAAUUUUGAUACUUGUAAAAGAGAAAUGCUGGCUGUAUUCAUGGGUCAAUAUGUUAGGCUCAUACAUUAUCUACUAUUGGGUUAAGUUCACAUAACUCUCCUUUAGCAUGAGUGAUAUAUUUCU